ACAGCCCCUUCUCUCUCCCCUUAACCCGGUGUCAAUCCCACAGCCCCUUCUCUCUUCCCUUAACCCGGUGUCAAUCCCACAGCCCCUUCUCUCUUCCCUUAACCCGGUGUCAAUCCCACAGCCCCUUCUCUCUUCCCUUAAGCCGGUGUCAAUCCCACAGCCCCUUCUCUCUCCCCUUAACCCGGUGUCAAUCCCACAGCCCCUUCUCUCUCCCCAUAGCCCUGUGUCAAUCCCAAAUUAAUCCCACUGCCCCUCUCUCUCCAUAACUCUGUAUCAAUCCUAAAGUAAUCUCAGUUCACUGCGUUCGCCCCGUAGGCAAGCAUCAAUUCCUAACUGAUCCCACAGCCCUCUCUCUCCAUAACCCUGUAAAAAUCCCAAACCUAACCCACUGCCCACUCUCUCCCCAUAACUCUGUAUCACUCCCAAACUGAUCCAACUGCCCCUCUCUCCAUAGCCCUGUAUCAAUCCUAAUCUAAUCCUAUUGACCCCUCCCCCCCCCAUAACUCGAUGUCAAUCACAAGCUAAUCUCACGGCCCUACUCUCUCCUCAUAGCCCCUAACAAUUCCAAUCCAGUCCCACUGCCCUGUGCUCUCCCCAUAGCCCUGCACAAUCCCAAACUAACUCCAUUGCUCACACUCUCCCUAUAAUCCCCUAUCAGUUUCAAAUUAAUCCCAUUGCCCCACUCUUUCCAUAGCCUUCAGCAAUUCCAAAUUAAUCCCACUGCUCAUUUCUCUUCCUAUAGCCCUGUAUCAAUCCUGCCCCACUCUUUUGCCAGAGCUCCAUAUCAAUACUGUUAAGAAACUAUCAUAUUUUUCGUAAUAGUACUGUGGGAUGUUGUAAGGAACGGAAACGCCCUGUUUCAAAGGCCUCGGCUUCAGGAAGUUACUGAAUGAGCAGCCUAUUUGGGCUUCCCCUCUCGACCAUGUGAAGUUAUCAUGAAGUGAAUUUUUUUUUUGUCGAUUUCACAAGGGCCUAGCACCAUCUUCACCUUGGAAACUGAUAAGAAAAGGUUUUCCAACAGUUUUCGAGAUGAGGCGGCCUGAGGAAUAUCAGAUGUGAAAGAUUCUAAUAAAAAUGCCAGUACGCUAGUGGUUUUGAUGACUAGCUUUGCUGAUCCUGUGAAAGAUGAAGUGGAAAUAUUUUAUUCCUAUUCUUCUGCUGCUAGUACCUUCAACUCUUGGAAAGUUUAUCAUUACCACUGCAAGAGAACCAGUAGUUGCCGUAGUUGGUGAGGACACUGUUCUGGAUUGUCAGUUGAUACCAGCAGAGGCUCCUGAAGAGAUGGAAGUGAGAUGGUUUCGAAAAGAUUGGGCCAAUGUGGUUCAUUUAUACAGACAAGGAGCAGAUCAACCUGAGUCGCAAAAUAAGUAUUAUUCUGGUAGAACAGAACUGUUUCACGGACUCUUUGGCAAUGGGAAUGUCUCCCUCCUGUUGAAGAAAGUCACUGUGAAAGAUGACGGAUUGUACACAUGUUUUGUCGUCUCCAAAGCUCUGGAUGCAGAGGGAACAGUUAGUCUGAAAGUUGGACAGGUGGGCCUUGAACCUGUGGUGAAGAUGGCUGGCUACCAAGGCAACGGGAUAAAGCUGUCGUGUGUGUCCAAUGACUGGUAUCCAGAACCGAGCAUAAAAUGGCAGAACGGAAAUGGAGAGGAGUUGGCUGGAGUACUUGAGAAACCAAAAGGGGACUCCAGAGGACUCUUUAAAGUGGAGAGCAGUCUUGAUGUUACAGAGGAUUCCAACAACAGAUAUACGUGUACCAUCAUUAACAGGCUAUUGAGCAAACAAGAAGAAAGCAAUAUACAAAUAUCAGGUGAAUUCUUCCCUCAUGUCUCUGGCUGGACUGUGGCUUUCUGGAUUAUGCUCUGUGCUCUCCUGGCAGGAAUUGGCGUCGUUUUAUACUUCUAUAGGAAGCAGCGCCUGCAAGACCGUGAACUAAGCAAAUUGAAUAUGCGACCUACAAUCAGUGAGUAUGAAGCAUUGGCAGCAAAGCUCCAUAAGGAGCAAGUACGAGCAACACAAAAAGAGGAGAAGCUGUUAAAAGCAAUAGAAAAUGAAAAACUCGCUGCUGAAUUGGAGUGUAAGAAGCUUAUCCAGCUUAUAGAGUGGGGCAAGAUGCUUAGAUGCGCAGUUUCAGUUAGUCUGGACCCCGACACAGCAAAUGGAAACCUCAAUGUAUCGCAGGAUCGGACGAUGGUGAAGGAUGGCGGAGAGUGGCAGGAAGUCACUGAAAACCCAAACCGGUUUGAACGCUAUCCGUUUGUCUUUGCCAACGAAGGCUUCCUUGCAGGGAAACAUUACUGGGAAGUGGAGGUGGGAGAGAGCAGUAACUGGGACCUGGGUGUGGCCAAGGAGUCAGUGGAACGGAAGGGACGGAUCACCCUCAAUGACGAGUAUGGAUACUGGGCCGUUGGAUGUUACUGGAAUAAGUAUGAGGUGAAAACUGUGAAAAAGGUGUUGCUAACCCUCAGUGAGAAACCCAGGAAGAUCGGAAUUUUUCUCAACUAUGAUGAAGGGAUUGUUUCGUUUCACGAUGCAGAUACGAAAGAGCACCUCUAUACGUUUCACACUAAAUUUACAGAGAAAGUUUACCCGUUCUUCUGUCCAUGGCGGUCUCAGGAACCACUGAAAAUAACCCCUGUUACAUUGGAGAAUUGACUGUUAAAAACGUCUUGGAGACUGUUGGUGAUGGAGAAGAGCAGAAGUCAACCUUUACUCCAUUUUUUGAUUGAUUCACACAGUGAAACAUUACAAAUAUGCAGUUCCUAAGUUUCCAGCAUACCACAGUGUCACUUAAGUAUCUCUUUAUAUGAUUUCUAUCAGAACAGGCAUGCUGGCCAGGGUAAGGGUUGAGCCUGUGACCUUGGCAUUAUUAGAAGCAUGCUCUACCAUCUGAGCUAACUGGACAACGGCUCCAAGUGUCGCUAUAUCCUCAAUGUUGGAGGAGCCCAGCACAUCAAUGCAAACGAUGAGGCUGAAGCAUUUGCAACAAUCUUCAGUCAGAAGUGCUGAGUGGACGAUCCAUGUCAGCCUCCAUCGUAGGUCCCCAGCAUCACACAUGCCAGCCUUCAGCCAAUUUGAUUCACUCCAUGUGAUUGUGCAAUCAUCAACGAGCAAUGUUCACCAUUUGCGACAACUCAGAUACUGAAGCAGUCCAUGUCCCAAU